AUGUCCGCUGGUCUUGAUAUGUCACUCGACGAUAUUAUUGCAAAAAAGAGACCUUUUACAAGAGGUGGUAGUAAUAGAUCUUUUGGUGUUGGUUCAAAUCGUGGAGCUAGAAGUAGUGGAAAUAAUAAUAAUGGUACUAUGAGACGUUCAGGUGGACCAAUCAGAAAUUCAAGAACACAAACUAGACAUCGACCAUAUAGUUCUUCAGCUGCAACAGCUAACAUCAACUCUAUAACUGAAGGAAAAAUUUUAGUUUCUAACCUAGCUUUUAAAGUCUCUGAGGCAGAUCUUUGGGAACUUUUUACAACGAUGAUCGGGCCUGUACGUCAAGUCAACCUUAACUUUGAUCAAAAUGGACGUUCAAAGGGAACAGCAUCUGUCGUUUUUCAAAAGAGCACUGAUGCCGUCAAAUCAGUGGAGAAACUUAGAAAUGUUACUUUAGAUGGCCGUGAAAUUAAAAUCGAAAUUGUUGUAGCUCCCAACUCUCCAAUUACUCAACGUAUUGGUGGGCUCAAUGAAAAUCGUACUUCUUCAUCUCCCUCAACACGUGGCAUUAAUGGAAGUGCACGCGGUACUAGGGGUGCUACUCGUGGAGGGUCUAGAGGCGGCAGAGGAAUUGGUGGUAGAGGAGGAGCUCGUAGACCUGACAAUAGACCAAAGAAAACCCAAGAUGAAUUAGAUGCAGAAAUGAGCGAAUAUAUGCAGAUUGACGAGGGUUUGGAACCAGUUAACGUUUAA